CCUAUGCAGUUCUCAAGAACACAUGUGUUCAUCUGCAGCAAAAGCCCCAAAAAAAUUUAAAUAGGAGUAUCUAUCAAUUCUUAAUAAAUUCUAUGUAGAGCUUAAUACAUAUACCAAUUCAAAUCACAAAGACAUACAAGUACUUCCUUCGGAUAUAUGUUACAGAGUAUAAUUUUGUGUAUUUUUUAUAAGGUUGAAGAUUAUGAUACGGUGUAUAUGACCAGGAUCUUUUCACUACGACAUACUUGUAUAUUCUUUUUAUUUUUUUAAAAAAUAGGUUGAACAUGUUUUUGGGUAUGAACUACGUGUGCUAUUUUAUGUUCAUUUACUUUAUAUUUUUUUAUUUAUCGACCAUGUUUUUUAUGCAUGGAAAUUAUACAUGAUUUUUUUUGUAUUUUUACUAUAUGUUAUUUGCUUCUAUACGGGGUAAUGUAAUUUUGUUUUAACACGCAUGGUUCAAGUUAUUUUGUUUUAAGUUUUAACCUUGAUGUUCAUUGAUUCUUAUUCUUUUGUAUUCUUUGGGUGCAUAGUGUUUACGGUGCACAAACCAAUAUUUGGCGAAUCAUGAACUAAAAAAAAGUUAGGAAGAUAGGUUUGAAAAUUUUUGAACCUUCAAAUUUCUGUUGAAAAUUAGGAUAUUUUACCGACCUCAAAAAAAAAAAAAACGCCCCAAUGAGACUAACAGUCACAACACAAAAGAACUAAAAUCAUAAGUUUUCUAAUUCCAAAAUAAUAAUCCGGUUUGAUUAUAGCCAAAAAAUAAAUAAAUAAAUAAAUUACAUCUGUCCUUGUUUAACUUAACUUGCUUCUGUAGUAGAAGAAUGGACCUCCAUUGUAGAUUUGUUACAACAGUACAAGAUAUUAUAAUGUGUAUAUAUGAUCCACUUUGCUCAUCUUUUAUGUCAUCCCAAAAUCAUGAAGCUUUUUCUUACAAAAUCUUCAACCUUUAUCUUCCACUUUUUCUUCUUUUUCUUGCUUCUAAACAACACCAUUUUAUCACUAAAACCAGAAAUUCAAGCUCUUUUGUCUUGGAAAAACACCCUUUUGUCACAAAAUCUCUCAUCAUGGACCCUCUCAAAUGCUCAUAACUUAUGCCAAUGGGAAGGAAUCAUUUGUGAUGAGAAACAGAAUACAGUUUUUGCAGUAAAUCUUGCAAACUCCAACAUUGUUGGAACACUUGAUCAUUUUAACUUCACUUCAUUUCCUACUCUAAACAUCCUUAAUCUUAGCCAAAACACCUUAAAUGGCUCGAUACCAUCCUCGAUUGGCAACCUCUCAAGGUUAACUUCCUUAGACUUAAGUGACAAUUACCUUACAGGGAAUGUACCUUACCAACUCUGCUAUCUUCAGGAGUUAAGGUACUUGGACCUUGGCGCGAAUUACUUAGAGUCACCUGACUGGUCGAGGUUUGCUUCUAUGCCAAUGAUCACCCAUCUUAGCCUUAACUAUAAUAAUCUUGAGUUUGAGUUUCCAAGUUUUAUACAUACUUGUACUAAUCUCACUUACCUUGAUUUAUCAGAAAACUAUUUGACAGGUUUUUUGCCUAGUUCAUUGUUUAGUAGUCUUACUAAACUUGAGUUUCUCAAUCUUACAGAAAAUAAGUUCCAUGAUGCUUUACCUUUAAGUAUUUUUAAGCUUAGUUUUCUUAAGGAUCUUCGUGUAGGAAAUAACCGGUUUAGUGGGUUGAUCCCUCAAGAAGUUGGUAAUGUUCUAGGCCUUGAAGUGUUGGAAUUGUAUAAUAACUCAUUUGAAGGGAGAGUACCUUCUUCUUUGGGGAACCUUAAAAUGCUUCAAAGACUCGAUCUUCGAUGGAACAAACUGAACUCUAAGGUUCCUCCUGAGUUAGGCCUGUGCACUAACUUAACACACAUAGGCUUAGCUUCGAAUUUGUUAACCGGGGAAUUGCCUUUGUCCUUGACCAAUCUUAGGCUGUUAACUGAAAUAGAUGUCUCUGAAAAUUCACUUUCAGGAAAUUUGUCUUCCUAUUUCUUCACCAAUUGGACUGAGUUGGUCAUGUUGGAACUUCAGUACAAUAAGUUCAGUGGUAUUAUACCUCCUGAAAUCGGUCUAUUAACAAAACUCGACACAUUUUUCUUGUAUAACAACAAUUUUUCUGGUUCAAUUCCUUCAGAAAUCGGGAAUUUAAAUGUUUUGAAUCAGACAGACUUUUCUAGUAAUCAGCUUUCAGGUCCUAUUCCCUCAUCUAUUGGUAAUCUAAGAAACCUUACAAUCUUACAGCUUUUUAAUAACAGUCUCAAUGGAACUUUUCCUCCUGAGAUCGGCAGCAUGAAGUCGUUGCAGAUUCUUGAUCUUAACACAAACCAUCUGCAAGGAAAGUUGCCUGAUAACUUAGCUGAUCUUGUUAACCUACAAACUCUUUCUUUGUUCAACAACACAUUUUCUGAGGAAUUUCCAAAGAAUUUUGGUAACUUAAGCCUUUCCUUGACUACUAUCCGAAUUGCAUUCAACAACUUCUCAGGAGUGUUGCCACGGAAUCUAUGCAGUGGCUUUGCUCUUGUAGAGUUUACAGCUCAUUUCAACAAGUUUACAGGAUCACUUCCAGAUUGCCUUAGGAAAUGCAAGGGGCUAAAUAGAGUAUGGCUCGAGGGGAACCAGUUUAUUGGUAAUAUUUCUCGGACAUUUGGGGUUCACCCAAGUCUUGAUUUUCUGAACCUGGCUCACAAUCAGUUUUUUGGAUCACUCUCUUCUCAAUGGGGAGACUGCACUAAUCUUACUCGAUUAGAGCUGACAGGAAAUAACAUUUCUGGAAAAAUACCGGCUUCUCUGGGAAAUUUGAUAAAACUGGUUGUUCUGAAGCUGAACUCAAAUGAGCUGAGUGGCAAAAUCCCUACAGAAAUCGGAAAGCUGCAGCAGCUGGAGCAACUUAGCUUAAGACAAAAUAAUUUGACUGGAAAUGUUCCGAGAAGUUUAGGGAGCUUGGCUAAUCUGAAGGAUCUUGAUUUGUCAGAGAACAGUUUAACAGGAAGAGUUCCUGUUGAGCUUGCAAAUUGCAAGGUCCUGUCAAGCUUGAAUCUGAGUCACAAUGGUUUAUCAGAGCAGAUUCCAUUUGAGCUCGGUGAGUUAGCUGAGUUACGGUACUAUCUAGACAUUAGUGGCAAUGCAUUUUCAGGAACCAUACCUGAAAGUCUCAGCUCACUUACUUCUUUGCAAUAUCUGAAUCUCUCUCACAAUAAUCUCUCAGGAAGUAUUCCUGGCAGUUUUUCUGGCAUGAUCAGCUUAGAGUCAGUAGAUUUCUCCUACAACAAACUGAACGGUCCGGUUCCCAAUAUUAAUGUCUUCCAGGAUGCACCUUCAACAGCAUUUAUUGGGAACCCGGGUUUGUGUGGAGUUAAACAAGGCUUUCCUAGGUGUAUAAAUAAGCAUUCAGCUAAGCAUAGGAGAAAGUUACUGAUUGAAGCCAUAGUUCUUGGCUGCCUCUUGUUUCUUGCAAGUGUUCUUGUAGGAUUUCUAUAUCUAAAUUGGCACAAAAGAAGGAGGAUGAAAGAAAAGGAAGCAGCGCUGAACAAGAACAGGGAAUUUCCUUCCAUUUAUGACAACUUAGAGCUGCUGCUUUGGGGAUCAGGAAAAGGAAGAUUCAAAUUUGAAGAUAUAGUUAGAGCAACCGAGAACUUCCAUGACAAAUACUGUACAGGAAGAGGAGGUUUCGGGGUUGUAUACAAAGCUGUCUUGCCAACAGGACAGAUUCUUGCAGUGAAAAGGCUUUAUAAGACUGAAUUCAGCAACACCCAAUCGUCUGAUUACAAGAGCUUUGACAAUGAGAUCACAGCACUAACUCAAAUCAGGCACCGGAACAUCAUUAAGUUCCAUGGUGCUUGCUCCAAGAGUGGAAACUUGUAUCUGAUUUACGAUUAUGCAGAGAAAGGUAGCCUAGGAGAAGUGCUAUAUGGUGAUGAAGGAUCCCUUUUAGACUGGGGUUUAAGACUGAAAAUAGUGCAAGGACUAGCAAAUGCGCUUUCUUACUUGCACCAUGACUGCUCUCCACCAAUUGUGCACCGUGACAUAUCAAUCAACAAUGUUCUACUUGAUGCAGAUUUUGAGCCUAGGCUAUCAGAUUUUGGCACUGCUAAGCUGUUGCUCACUGGUUCAUCCAAUUGGACUAACAUUGCCGGGUCUUAUGGCUACAUGGCUCCAGAGCUAGCAUUCACUAUGAAGGUGACUGAGAAAUCUGAUGUAUAUAGCUUUGGAGUUGUAGCAUUGGAAGUUAUGAUGGGACAACGCCCAAGCGAGGUAUUAUCUUCACACUUCUCAGGAACUAUAUCAUUAAACAUCCAGGAUUUGAGCCUGAAGGAUAUGUUAGAUCAAAGACUUCAACCACCAUCUCCUAAAUUGGAAGCUAUAGUGAUGGAAGUAGUUGCUGCAGCAUUGGGAUGCACCAGUCACUCACCGGAGUCAAGACCGACCAUGCUCAGUGUAGCUCAGAAACUUAUGUCUCAAAUUCAAGAAGCUCCAUUUUCAGACCCUUCUAGGUCGAAAAAUCAAGGAAAAUACAGAAAUUCAUGAUUGUUGGCAUAAUAAAUAUUCUAGUACAAGUAGCAACUUAGUAGAUGCAUUUACUGUAAAUAAUAUGUAAUAAUUUGAUUAAAAAAAAAAAUAAGCAUGUGAAGUACUGCCUCUGUUCCUAAAAGAUGUUCCCAUGUAUAUACCACAAUUUCUUGCUCUGUGUAUUUGGUCUAAUACUAUU